CGUGCCCGUCGGCUUUAUUCUGCACUGGUGUGGAGUGAACCACAACAAACCGCGACGAUACAACGAAUGUCAAACAAGUAAAACACAAAAACAGAUAGCUGCAGCCAUGGGCAAGUUCCAUUCACACUUGGCCAACCCUAAAGACGAGAGUCAGGACGCGCUGACGGCUUCCGGGGAGUACAGAGACGGCGAGGAGGAUGGAAAGAAUGGGGACGUGUCACAGUUCCCCUACGUGGAGUUCACUGGACGGGACAGCGUCACUUGCCCGACAUGUCAGGGCACUGGCAGAAUACCACGAGGACAAGAGAAUCAGCUUGUGGCUCUGAUUCCAUACAGCGACCAAAGGCUCAGGCCGAGCAGGACAAAGCUGUAUGUCACGAUAUCAGUGGCCCUUUGCCUGCUGCUGUCUGGCUUGGCUGUGUUCUUCUUAUUUCCUCGCUCCAUUGAUGUCUCCUAUGUGGGAGUAAAGUCCGCCUACGUCUCCUAUGACCUGGACAAACGGACUGUCUAUCUCAACGUCACAAGCACUCUGAACAUCACCAAUAACAACUACUACACCGUAUCUGUGACCAACAUCACAGCCCAAGUGCAGUUCUCCAAGACGGUGAUCGGCAAGGCCAAGUUUAACAACAGCUCUGUGAUCAUGCCGCUGGAUGAACGGCAGAUUGACUACACAGUCCCUACCACCAUUGCUGAUGAGAUGAGUUAUAUGUUUGACUACUGCACCUUGCCGACGAUUAAAGUCCACAACAUAGUGGUCAUGAUGCAGGUGACUGUGACCACAUCGUACUUCGGCCACGCGGAGCAGGUCUCCCAGGAGAUGUACCAGUAUGUGGACUGUGGAGGGAACACCACCUCCUUGCAUGGACAUGUGCAGGUCUACCAAUAAAGCAAGCAAGAAAGCCAGACGUCAGAUACUGCUGUGACUGAGGGUCUCACAGGGAGAACUGGGAUGACUUCCACGAAGGAAAUCUCUGAGUAUUGUACAGGGUAGGGCUGAACAAUGAAUUGGAAAUGUAUCAAAAUUGCAGUAUCAAAAUCACAGGAUGUGCAUAAUUAGUGUCAAAUUAUGAAUCAAGAUCCCUUCAAAAAUCACAAAAAUUAUAGUAAUGAAAUGAUAAUCCCCUCCAAUACUGUGAAUCAUAUCCCAAUUGCAAUACCAGCCAAAAAAUAAUCGCAAUUAGAUUUUAUUCCAACUCGUUUAGCCCUAGGACAGAGAUAACUUUUCUUUAACUAGUCUGUGGCUCAUCCAUUCUUUAAUUCCCAACCACUUUCCUUCCUUCUACCAGCUAUCACUGUUUGGUUCUUGUCAAACAGGCAGAGCCAGCAUUUCUGAAGGAAAUGUCUCAAGGUUUGUUGUCAUUGUUCACCCUGGUGCCAACAAAAUAUAAUAAUUUAACAUUCACGUUAAUGGUAGACAUUCCCAUCGUGUUUACACUGUCACUCCUCAAUAAUUAAAUUACUGGAAGCGGUAGUUUCAGAUAUAAUGCACUUUAACCCUAUCGUUAUCUACAGGUAUUAAUACGAAUGUUGUAAGACUGCCCCCUACUACUCCAUACCACUUUUAAUGAAAAAAUACAACUAAAGUUCAAGAGUGAAAACCACUGAGCUGUUCCUAACCACCUCUGUCAGCCCGCUUUCCUUUCUCUUUUUACUUUGUUUCAUACAAAUAAUAUUCUUGAUAUUGUGUAGUGCAAUAUAGAUGACGUAUUGUCUUAUGUCAUUCGUUUUUUUUGAGGGGGGCUAUAUUUUGGCUCAGAGUUCUUUAUUUUUAGCUUGAGUGAAAGUAGUUAAGGUUUUUCUUAUGUUAAGCUGUCAUUCACCUGAGUGAUUUAAAAGCAAACUUGACUACUGUGAAGAGGUUACAUAAUAACUUUGUAAGGGAAAAUAUUUUUAAUUCCGUAACAAAUGUGGGAGCGUUACAGUCGGGUAUAAAAUAGAGCAAUGCGUUAAUGUAAAUGUUGAAUUUGUACUUCCUGGCUUGCUUCAAAACAUGUUAUAUUAAGAAUCAUUUCUGGUGUGGGAGCACUUCCUUCCCUUUUAAUGAGAUUGUGGGCUAUGGUGUAAUUCGCAAUGAUGUGUUUGCUAUUUUAAUCCACUUUGCAUAUUUCGUAUUAUGAGUUGACUGCUGUUGCUAUUCUUGGUUUUUGAAAUCACUAUGACUUCCUUCUGUCGCGUUUAUAUUAUGUGAUAUUAUUUUGGAUUGGCUUUUUCAAGUACAUGAUGUAAUUACUGGAUGACAGAAGAUGCUGAUGACACAUAAGAGCCCAAAAUAUGAAUCAUAUCAAAGUGUCUGAUCUUAGCUCAUUUGUAAACGUAAAAUAAAAAUGCCAUUUUUGCAAUGUUUUUCUUUCCAUUACUACAAUUUCUACACAGUCAUCAUAAGAAAACUGUAACCCAGAACCAACCCUUCUUCAUAAUUGAUGACAGGCCGUGUAGAUGUGAAUACCUCUCCGUUACUGCCUCUACACAGUGGUUUUAUGUUUUUCAUGCAUGAAGCUGAAAAUAAAAUCAUGACUUAUUUUGAAA